AUGCAUCCCAGCGCUCUUGUCGGUCUGUUGGCCUUUGCUGCUGCGGCACAAGCCAUCCCAGCGAACCCUCACCAAGCGCACUCCGCCUCAUCAAUUUCCAACCUCAAGUCCAAGAUCAAGAAUGUCGUCGUUCUCUGCAUGGAGAACCGCUCACUCGACAAUCUUCUUGGUGGACAAACCCACAAAGGUCUCGAGAACCCCAUCAACAAUGGCCCGUACUGUAACCCGUACAACGUGACCGAUCCUUCACAGGGACACCACUGUACCGAGGCACGGGACUAUGACUCCGUCACCGAUGAUCCCAGUCACGCUGUCACCGGGAACACAAUGGAGUUCUACAGCAACUGGACCCCUGAUAACAAGCUGAUUGCCGAAGGCAAGCUGACACCCAACAACAACGGGUUCAUCCACGAACAGAUCCACAACUACGGAUCCAAAGCAAACAAAACCCUUCUCGCAAAGCAGGUCAUGAACUACUACACCGAAGAAGAGGUCCCAGUCCUCACAUCCCUGGUUCAAAACUUCGUGUCCUUCAACCACUGGCACUCCGAUGUCGCAGGCCCAACGGAUCCUAACCGCUUCGCCCUCGUAGCAGGCACAUCAGCCGGCCACGGCUCCAACGACGACUCAUUCGGUACAUACGCCUUCACCCAACGCUCAAUCUUCCAACAACUCGGCGAAACGAACCACACCUGGCUAAACUACUGGGACACAGCCGGCGGCACAGGCCCAGAAGCGCACUGGUUUGCCUGGACAAAAGCAACUGACAAUGAAGACAAAGUAGUGCCCAUGACGCAAUUCUACACCGACGCAGCAAGCGGCUCCCUGCCCGAGUUCUCAUACCUAAACCCCUCCUGCUGCGGUGUCGGUACAACAUCCAUGCACGACAGCGGCCUGAUCUCUGACGGCGAGGCGUUCAUCAAGAAGGUCUAUGAUUCGCUCCGCAGUGGGCCGCAGUGGAAUGAGACGUUGUUCGUGUUGACUUUUGACGAGACGGGUGGGUUCCAUGAUCAUGUUCCGCCGCCGUUGGCGGCUAGGCCGGAUAAUUUGACUUAUACGGAGACUUCGCCUAAUGGAGAGAGUUAUACGUACGAGUUCAAUCGGUUAGGAGGUCGGAUCCCGACGUUUUUGAUCUCGCCUUGGAUUUCUAAGGGAUUUGUGGAGCAGAAGGGGACUAAUAAUGUGGGAAAGACGGUUUCCUAUUCUGCUACUUCGCUUUUGAGGACGUUGGGAUAUCUUUGGGAUUUUGCGCCGUUUAAUCCGCGGGUUGAUGAGGCUGCUUCGUUUGAUCAUUUGAUCUUGAGUUCUCUGCGCGAGGAUGCGCCUAGUGCGCUUCCUAGUGCUGUUUCGUUUUGA